CCGGAAGAAGAUUGGAAAGUGAUGGAUGGCAAAAAAAAAGGACGAUGGCAACGAAAAAGGAAUUUGAAAAGCUAAUGAAAACCUGUUUGUCAACAGAAGAACAGACGGCUUACAACUCUCUGAUUGUUUUAAAGAAACGUGCAAACGACAGGCAUAACCAUUUGUUGCUGAUACAGUGCAGAAUAGUACCAGUUUUCUUUCAACUCUUGGAAUCGGUAGAAGUGAAAAACUUGUCAGACCGUCGUCGGAAAACGAUAGAUCUCUUAUUUAGCAUUCUUGGAGACUUAUGUAAUUUGCAGGAAUGUCGUGAUGAAGUUUACAAGCAUAUGUAUGGACUGGAAUCCCUUGUGCUUUUCUUUUGUGAAUGUGAACAUGAAAGUAUACAGAACAGGAGUUGUAGAACUUUGGCCAAUCUGGCUAAGCAUCCUGGUCUUUGUGAGAACAUUCAUAGGACAGACUUCAUUGAGACACUUGUUACCAGAAUGGAAACUACUGAGAAUGUUCACCACCAACAAACAUACUGCAGGGCCAUCAGAUUACUGGGGAAAACACAACACCAGAAAGAUAGAAUUUUGUCACACAAUGCAGUGUAUCAAGUGUGUAAACUGAUUGAAUGUGCUGAUGCUUCUGUUAGGAAGGAGGUGUGUGAGGUGAUAGAGGACUAUGCACUUAAUAGACCCUCCUGUGAAUUUGCGACACAACUAAUCAGAUCCGGGGCUUUCAAGGUCAUUGUGUCCAGGCUUGAUGACAAGGGUGACAAUUCAACAUUUUCACUGCUCUGCAAACUCAAUCAAAUCUCCAACAUCAGGCCGGAAUUCGGAUCAACAGGGGGUUUACAAUCAUUCAUUGAAAUGUUCCAUCAAGUCACUGAUCUGUCUGUACAGUUGACUGUCUUAAAUAUAGUGUGUUUGUGCUGUAAGGAGUCAGUCAAUAGAGUGAAGGUGAGGAAUCUAGGUGGCCUUAAAAUCUUAUGUGAAACACUAAAGAACAAAGAUUACCAUAAAAUUCACGACAGAAUCAUCAGUGCCCUGCAGUGUUUUGUUUUUGAUGAGGCUGGUCUCAACGUGCUGUUGGAAAAUGAUCUAGUUUCUAUUCUCAUCCUUCACCUACAGAGAGUGGCAGAAUUUGAGUCCACAACAGUUUGUUUGUAUGAUUAUUUCAUGGAGGAGGAAUCUACCUCUCCUAACACAACUUUUGAACCUGGCAUGUUUGAAAGAUUCUAUGUACAUUUGGCCCAGAGUCAGGAAUCUGACAGUCAUGAAAAAGACACAGGUUCAAACAAAAACGUUUUCAGCAUUGACAGUCCUACAUAUGAACCCAGAUCCGACUGGAACCUGGAGGAAUAUCAGUCAGGGGCCAGGUGUAAGGAAACCUUUGAGUAUACAGAGACCCCCUCAUCCUCCCCGGCUUCAUUGAGUCCCCUCAGUACCGUGUCAUUUUACUCACCGAGUCUGUCCCCUGCUUCUGACUACAGUCCCCCAUCUAGCCCUAGUUGUGGGGGCUCCUCAUCAGUAAAUAGUGAUCCAAAUUACCCCUUUGUUUGUAGUAUAUCUUACAAAACUGACUCCUCUAGUCCAGGGGGAUAUUCUCCGGAGAAAGAAGAAGAAGAGUCUUUUUUAGGACCAGAUGUAUACUCAGAAUCUGAGGAUGAAGAAAACACUGACACUACUGAGAAAUGUAAAGAAGGGAAGCUAAAAGAAAGUGGAACAAGUGAGCAAGUGAACAUUCCCAGAAUCAGUUUAUUCAGAAAUAAGCGGGAAGCUGCGGACAUGUCAGAAGAUGAAGAAGUUGAGCCAACAACAAAAAGGACAAAAACUGGUGUGACAAGUCCGGUUACAGCAAAGAGAAGAAGACAAGAGGCCUCCAGUACAGAGCAGCACAUUAUGAUCAUUUUGUCGAGGAUUUCACAGAUGUACAAUCCAAGUAAACACUUAGUUAAUCUAGAGACAAUCUGCUGCUGUCUGGAUUACUUAGCAUUAGUUGACAAACCAGAGAAAAGAAUGGCUAGGACCCUGUGUCGAAUUAUUGGAAAUCCACUCUGUUUGAAUUCCUUGUUACAAAUUCACAUGCCUUUACUUAUAUAUCACAAACUUUUAAGGCAUUAUGGAAAAUCUUACAGAGACAAAAUCCUGAAAUCGUUCUUAAAGUCAAAACAUGAAUGUCUAAAAACCCAGGAAUGGAGUAAGAUUAGAAGCCGGUCUAGUAGUAUAGAUUCCACAUCUUCACAGUUAUCUUUCCUUGACCUUGAAGAUCCAUGGUCAUUAGCAUCUACAAGUAAGAGUCCAGAAAACUUAAAAAAUUCUGACAAAGAGUCAAAGAAGUCAGCUUCUACUGAGGAUAAAUCUUCAGAGGAGGAAAGCCUAUCUUUCCCAUUCAGGGCAGGACUUAUUCUGCUCCAGGAUGUCUCCACUCAGAUGGACGGCCCAUACGGGCGAGGUGAGGUGGCCCACUGGCUCCACAGGACAGAUCCCCAGGAUAAAGACUUUGCCAUCUUCUCCCUUCUCUUUGCUCUGUGGAAUACUGGAAUGACCAAAUACUACUUCAUCAAACAGAACUUCAUGGAAGCCAUCUUCAAACACAUAACUAGUGACACAAGUCUACCUCCUAAGAGAGCAGUGAUUGAGGCCCUGUGUUUUGUAGGACAUAUCCUGUUUAUAUCUCACUCAGACUCAAGUAAUAAUGGAGUCAAACUUGCCUUCAAUGUCAUACAAAGCACCGGUCUGACUGAGGGAUCGGGAUGCAGGUAUGAAAGUGUUCAGUGCAAAGAUGUUUCAUUCCGUGUUCAAAGCUCUGUUCUGUCAGGGAACAGGGAAAUACUAAUCAAAAGUUCCGACCUUUUCCAAGCCAUGUUGGAGGGUCAUUAUUCUGAAUCCAGAGAACAGGAAGUUGUUCUGUCUAACACCACUCCAUUUGCUGUGAACUACAUACUACAUUAUCUACAUGGUUGUGAUAUGUCAUGUGGAAUUCUGGGAAGCAUAACAAACUGUGAUAAAUCUGACAAAUUACUGUGUGAUAUUCUGGAUACUGUUGUAUUAGGUCAUCGAUACAUGUUAACAAAUCUAGUCAACUUUCUGUUAAUUUUGCUAGAACACAAUAUCUCUUCAGAAAAUGCUUGCCAUGUUUUUCACUUUGCCUUGACCUAUGACCUCCAUGAACUUGCCGUGACAAGUGUGAAGUCGACAUUCUCCACACCUUGUGUAGCUGAGAGAGUGAAAGGUUUUCAAAACUUCCUAGCAGGACCAGAUGCUGAUCAUUUCAUCAGCGUCUUGUUUGAUCUUCUGUUGGAGAGAACAUUUUAAUGAACAGUCGUAUAAAGGAUCAAACUAUGAAGUUAAUACAAUGAA